AUGUGUCAGCACGCCCAUCUGCGAACUAUCCCAAUCCACCCCAUAGCUAUCCCAAUCCACCCCAUAGCUAUCCCAAUCCACCCCAUAACUAUCCCAAUCCUCCCCAUAGCUAUCCCAAUCCACCCCAUAGCUAUCCCAAUCCACCCCAUAACUAUCCCAAUCCUCCCCAUAGCUAUCCGAAUCCUAAUAGCUAUCCCAAUCCACCUCCAAGCUAUCCCAAUCCACCCCAUAGCUAUCCCAAUCCACCCCAUAGCUAUCCCAAUCCACCCCAUAGCUAUCCCAAUCCACCCCAUAGCUAUCCCAAUCCACCCCAUAGCUAUCCCAAUCCACCCCAUAGCUAUCCCAAUCCACCCCAUAGCUAUCCCAAUCCACCUCCAAGCUAUCCCAAUCCACCUCCAAGCUAUCCCAAUCCACCCCAUAGCUAUCCCAAUCCACCCCAUAGCUAUCCCAAUCCACCCCAUAGCUAUCCCAAUCCACCUCCAAGCUAUCCCAAUCCACCCCAUAGCUAUCCCAAUCCACCCCAUAGCUAUCCCAAUCCACCCCAUAGCUAUCCCAAUCCACCCCAUAGCUAUCCCAAUCCACCCAAUAUCUAUUCCAAUCCUCCCCAUAGCUAUCCGAAUCCUAAUAGCUAUCCCAAUCCACCUCCAAGCUAUCCCAAUCCACCCCAUAGCUAUCCCAAUCCACCCCAUAGCUAUCCCAAUCCACCCCAUAGCUAUCCCAAUCCACCCCAUAGCUAUCCCAAUCCACCCCAUAGCUAUCCCAAUCCACCCCAUAGCUAUCCCAAUCCACCCCAUAGCUAUCCCAAUCCACCCCAUAGCUAUCCCAAUCCACCUCCAAGCUAUCCCAAUCCACCUCCAAGCUAUCCCAAUCCACCCCAUAGCUAUCCCAAUCCACCCCAUAGCUAUCCCAAUCCACCCCAUAGCUAUCCCAAUCCACCCCAUAGCUAUCCCAAUCCACCCCAUAGCUAUCCCAAUCCACCCCAUAGCUAUCCCAAUCCACCCCAUAGCUAUCCCAAUCCACCCAAUAUCUAUUCCAAUCCACCCCAUAACUAUCCAAAUCCCCUUAUAG